AACAAUCGGGGUACGUCGAGCGAGAUUUCGUUCUGGAGAAUCAGACGGGACCAUCCGGCUCCGAAAAAAAUACACGCUGGAAAAGCCACAAAGCAAAAGGCACGAUGACCGAGGCGGCACGGUCAAUCCAAAAGUGGACGCCGGAGGAAGAAUGCUUAUUGGCGUCAGCUUGGGUUGACGUCUUCGCGCAUCCUAUCGUUGGUUCGGAGCAAACGAAGGAUGCGAUGUGGGAUCGUAUCGAGGAGAAGUUCUUCACGGCGAUGAACAAGGACGGCUCCUACCGUACCCGGGACCAACUCACUUCCAAAUGGAGCCACAUCAACCGUAAAGUUCGAAAGUUUAUCGGAGUUUACGAGGAAUGCGCCCGGUUCCGGAGGAGCAAGACGAACGAUGCUGAUGUUCUCCGGCUUGCCACGACCCGGUAUCAAGAUGACGGGCACCAAGGCAAGAAAAGAUCCUCCGUCAACGCUGAGGUUGAGGUCGACGACACUAUCGGUUCGUCUGAACAAAUUCCUCCCAUCAACGUUGCGGAUUCCGAUGACGAGGACCCCAUUCCACGGCCGAUCGAAAGAAAGAAGGCAAAAUCCAUUGCCUCGGGUUCGGGAGGGUCCGACUUUGUUUCCAUUUCUUCUCGCGACGAAAUCGGUCGGGCAAUGAUUGAACAACUUCGGGUGUUCAAUCUUCGAGAAGAAGAGAGGAUGAAGCUAAAGGAGCAUGAGAUGAAGCGAAAGGAGCAGGAGGACAAGAUCAAAAUCAUGGAAAAUGACCUUUCUACGUUAUCGGGUUUCAAACGGAUGAUCUACGAGCAAAGACAAAGAGAGAUCAAGGCGAAAUAUAAUUCACCUUAGUUUUUUUAUUAAUGUAUCUCUUUUAUUAUUGUUGUUUUUUUAGUUUAAUGAAUGUAAUUUUUUAAAUUUUAAAUUAUUGUCGUUUCAAUUUCUUUAAAUUUAAUGAAUGUAUUUUUUUAUUCGUGUUUCAAUAUAAUUAAAUAAUAAAUUAAUUACAUUUUAUUAAUUUAGUUUUAGAAGAUGUAUAUUUAAAAAUGUAAAAAAUGAAGGUUUGAAGCCCCAGUUUGAAGCUCCGGGGCUUCAAACCCAUUUCCAGUAAAUCUGUGAGGUAAGU